CUUUGAAAGGAGUUUUGCUCCAUUUUCAACGGAACUAAACCAAACAUGGAAACUUGUCAUAAUUGAUUGUUUAGAUGCAUUUACAGUUAACCAACACCAAAUCGAGCUGCACAGUCGCCCCUCAAUGUCUUAACCCGAAACACAGGAUCUGGAGCCAGGUUAAUUCGAUCGAUGGCAUUCAUGACAAAUCGUCAUAAAACCCUAAAUUCCACACUUAUCAGUCUUGCGAUUGCUGGAUUUCUCUGCUCAUUUGUUUUUACAGCAUCUGCCAAAUCUCCUCGCCCCAUCUCCGACAAUGAAAUAAGAGAGAAGAAGAACGCUUGCUAUGAAGACGUCGAAAGUGGAUUAUGGGGAUGGCAAUGCAAGUCGUCGAUUAUCGCCAAAGAGAAUUGCGCGUUGCGGUGCCUUUCUCCUGUUUGUUACGAGCUCGUCUAUGAGAGUGAUCCGCUGGAAGAAGGGGAGAAAGAUUACAUUCGGGGCCAGGAGUACAGAUACUGUAUGCAAAAGGUGUCGUUGGGAGAGCGCCUUGAAGGAAUAAAGGGAGCCUUUGACUACUAGCCGAUUACAGGCAUCGAACACCAGAACACAAAUUUCUGCUGCUUCUUUUCUUCUUCUUCUUUUUUACAUCUUGUGAUGUUCACGUAAACUACUACAGUUUUGUUAUUAUUGUGUAUAGUUCAAGGAUGCUUCCCUUUUUUGCUCUUUGGUAUCUUCCUGUUAUUACUUUUAGGGUCUGUUUGGAUUUAUUGAAAUAUAAAUUGAGGAAAAAUCAUUUUCAUGAA